AUGAAAAACAUUUAUAUUUCAAUUUUAAUAUUUUAUUUACUUCAAGCAAAAGAAGUAAAAAGUGAUGAAGAAAAAGGCGUUGGCUCAACGAAACAAAAUUGGAGUUACGUGACUGUCCGAGAAGGCGCUCACUACUUUUGGUGGUUGUACCACACUUCAUCUAGCGAGGCAACUUCCAAAAAUAAACCUCUAUUAAUUUCAUUGACCACGGGAAUUCUAAAAGCAGCGUCAGGUGUAAAUAAUUUCGACCAAAUCGGACCGCUGGAUAUUGAUCUUAACCCCAGAGACAAAACAUGGCUCAAAGACUUCAAUAUUUUAUUCAUCGACAAUAUUUUGGACUGCGGGUUCAGUUAUGUCGACAAUGAAACAAACUACCCAAGUUCAAGUGACCAAAUGGGUGAAGAUACUUUCGCGGUUAUCAAGGAUUUCUUAAACAAAGUUCCCGAGUUCAGAACUAUUCCUACCUAUAUGAUGAGCGAAAACGUCGGGACAGUUAUCGCCGCUAAAACCGCUUCAAUUUGGGGUCAAGCUCAAAAAAAUAAACAAAUUGAAAGUAAUUUAAAAGCUGUUGUUUUGGGAGCUCCGUGGAUUUCAUUGGUUGAUGUUGUUAAUUUUUGGGCCAAGCCUUCUAAUAAAGAUAAAUUUAGCGAAGAAGAGUUUAAAGAAAUUGAAGAAAGGGCGAGAAAUGCUACAGAAGCUGAAAAAAAAGGAGAAUAUUGGGAAAUGUUUUCUUCUUCAUUUGCUGCGCAAAUUGUUUUUCUUCGAAAUCAUUUUAAAUUAAAUAAUAUAUUCAAUUUGUCACCAAGUGUAACGACUAAUUAUUCUGACGUUGAGAAAGACGAUAAGUUGAAAAGUCUGAUGAACAAUCAUGUGAAGAAUGUACUGCGGCUCGGUCACGAGUGGAAGAAUGAUGCAGAUUAUUCUGCAAUGGUGAAUUUUGGUGAAAAAACUGCGAAGCCUAUUAAACAAACUUUUGAUCAAAUUCUUAAAACGGAUGUUAGAGUUGUGGUAAUUACUGGUGAAAAUGAUCUUUUCAUUCCGGCGCCAACUGUUAUCUCAUGGGUAAACAGUUUUAAUUGGGAAAAUAAAGAAGCAUUCCAAGCAGCAAGACAAGUUGAUAUUGAUAACAAGAUUUCGAUGAAGAAAUAUGGAAAUUUGGAGUAUUAUAUUAUAGAAGCCGGACAUUUGUUGAUAGUCGAUAACCCGCAAGAUUUGAAGAAAGUAAUCAUCAGAGUAACACAAGAAUAA